AUGGGGACAGGCCCGUCCACAGGCAGAGGCCAUCUGGGUCUGAGGGCCAGGCCAGCCCUCCGUCUGCAGAGGGACCUCUCAGGAAUACUCCCUGUGGGAAGCGCGGCCACGCCCAGCACAGCCAUCAGUCACCCCGGAGCCCCCUGCACGCUGACCGAAGGACCAGUCACACACGUGGAUGGGCCCUCUGCCCGCCGCUGUCGGAGCAGGCCUGGCGCCCGCUGCCCUGCGAGUGUUUCUCAUCAGAUACAGGAGCAGGAAGCGAGCAGGCAGCUUCCUGUGACCACGUCUUGUUGCUCACAUUUUCUGCAGACCACACCGGUCGGGGUGGCUAUCGCCAGCAGGGUCAGAGUGGCCCCCGAGGCCAGCACGGGCCGUGGCUGGCUCUACCAACCAGAGCAGGGUGGUGGGCUUGGUGCCAGGAACUUCGCAGCAGAACCAGAAGCUGUCUGCGUGGACCAUGUGAAGUCGCUCAGUCGUGUCUGA